UACAUCUUUUUCAUCCUCUAAAUUCAUAACCAAACCCAGUUUUUUUUUUCUUCUCUAAAACAGAACCUUUAUAAGCCAGAAAAUAUUAGUAAGAAGAGAGUGAUGAUGAUGGAUGAAUAUAUUGAUUAUAGACCAGUUAAGUACACGGAGCACAAGACAGUAAUCAAGAAGUACACUAAGAAGUUGCCAGUGGAGAACAAGAAGAAAAAGAUCAGUACUGGUCGUGACUCGGCUAGGUUGGUUCGUGUCUGCGUGACGGAUCAUGACGCCACCGAUUCAUCGAGCGACGAGGAGGAGUUUUUGUUCCCUAGAAGAAGGGUCAAGAGAUUGAUCAACGAGAUCAGAGUUGAACCGAGCUCCUCCAACGAAGUCUCGGCGGCGGCUUCGAACAAGAACGGUAAAAGUCUGGCCGUUGAUUCUUCGCUCCAAAAGGUCUCCGUUGUUCCCUGCGCCGAUCAAAACCAAAGGAAGUUCCGCGGCGUGAGACGGCGACCGUGGGGAAAGUACGCGGCGGAGAUUCGUGAUCCUGAGCAACGCCGGAGGAUUUGGCUCGGUACUUUCUCAACGGCGGAGGAAGCUGCCCUCGUCUACGACAACGCAGCAAUCAGGCUUCGUGGCCCUGACGCUCUCACCAACUUCAUCGUACCACCAGAACCAAAACCGGAUCAGCCGGAACCAGAAUCACAGAGCAGCAUAUCGGUUUCUUCAACAACGUCAGAGUCAAUGGACUACUCUAAUAAUCAUCUAUCAUCUCCAACAUCGGUUCUCAACUACCAAAUCUCCGAACCAAUGGAAGAACCUGCCAAACCGGUUAAACAAGAGUUUCUUGAACCAAUAAACUGGCACCUAGGAGAAGGCAGUGGUAAUGAUAUUGAUGAUUCAUUUCCAUUGGAUAUUCCAUUUCUCGACAACUAUUUCAACCAAUCAUUGCCGGACAUCUCCAUUUUCGAUUCAUCCAUGUCUGAUAUUCAAUCGUCAGGAGAUAAUUUCUUCGAUGAUCUUGCACUAUUCGAUCACAACAGUAUGGGAGGAGAAAACUACUCUUUGGAUAUGGAAGAGGUUGGUUCAAUGUUCAACAGUGUUGAUGAUUUUUUUACAUCUGAUUUUUUAGUUGUAUGAUAAUUUCAUACAAAGAGAGACAAACAUUGGUUUCAAUAAAGCCGGUGGGAGUCAAAUUUUGCCUUGAAUUUUUGAAUUUUGAUAGGUUUGUCGUUUAUUUUUUUUUGGUUGAGAAGUAAUUUUGUGGGUGCGGUGGUGUCCCGGUUUGUAAAACAUUUUUGUGAGAAAUAUUGGGAAUGAUAACUACUCCUUAAACUA